AUGGGCGCAAUGACGGCUCAGCAGCAAGCUCUGGCAGGGCACGUUUCGGGCCAGUGUAACAAGCCACUGAGCCGCCCAGCACACAGUUUGUCGAGCGACGAUGUUGUGAAGGAGCUGCAAGCAAAUCCUUCACGCGGCUUGACAAGCACCGACGCUGCCGAGAGGCUAGUCGACUAUGGCCCUAACCAGCUCAAAGAGAGGAAAGGCGUACAGCCUGUGGCAAUCUUCAUUGAGCAGAUUUUCAAUGCCAUGACUUUGGUACUCAUCCUUGCUUUGGCUGCUAGCUUUGGCAUUCAAGCUUGGAUCGCUGGUGGUAUUCUCGGAGGCAUCAUCGUAUUGAAUAUCUUUAUUGGUUUCUUUCAAACCUUGCAGGCUGAAAAGACAAUCGACUCUCUUCGAACUCUCGGAUUUCCAACAUGCAACGUCUACAGAGAUGGGGACACCAUCAACAUCCAAACUGCUGAUGUAGUUCCUGGUGAUAUCGUUGACCUCAACACGGGCGACUCCGUCCCAGCAGAUAUCCGCCUCAUUGAAGCCGUGAACCUGGAAGCAGACGAGGCACUCCUCACUGGAGAAGCAAUUCCUAUAUCCAAAAGCCCUAAAUCCACUUUUGACGAAGAUACUGGCCCAGGAGACCGCCUCAAUGUUGUCUACAGCUCUACAACAAUCACCAAAGGCCGUGGCCGUGGCAUCGUUUUUGCGACGGGUAUGUUUACCGAAAUCGGUGCAAUCGCCAGCGCUUUGAACAGCGACGGCAAGAUUAUCGUCGACGAUGAGGAUGAGCGACCAUCCGCCUUCGCAUACGUCAAGCAAGCUGGGCGGAUGUUGAAGAACUGGGUAGGAGAAUUCCUGGGCCUGACUGUUGGAACGCCACUGCAGAAGAAGCUUUCUCAGCUAUUCGUGUCCCUGUUUUGCUUUGCCAUCGUAUGCGCCAUCAUUGUCUUGGGGGCCAAUAAGUUUGAUACUAGGAAAGAUGUCAUUUUGUAUGCGGUCACGACAUCCGUAGGAACUAUUCCGGUUUCGCUGCUCUUGGUCUUGACGGUUACGAUGGCAGCUGGAACUAAAAAGAUGGUGGAGAGACACGUUAUUGUUCGCAAUCUGCAGAGCCUGGAAGCUUUAGGAGGCGUCACCAAUAUUUGCUCUGACAAAACUGGCACCAUCACACAGGGACGCAUGGUUGUCCGAAAAGCCUGGAUUCCCGGUUGCGGCACCUAUUCUGUAGAAUCCGGCAACGAAGUCUACAAUCCGACUGCUGGCGAAGUUGCGUUUAGCUCAUCGCAGCCCAAAGAUGUGUCACAAAUAGACGAGAAGCGGAAUUCGACAUUAGUAGUAACUCCUCGCGAGGAUGUUGGGAACAAGCCGGCACUUCAGUGGUACCUCACCAUUGCGUCACUGGCAAACCUGGCGACGCUGGAGAAGUUUGAGGCUACCGCUGAAAGCCCCGAAGAGUGGAAAGCGCGUGGAGCUCCGACUGAGAUUGCUAUUGAAGUGUUUGCUUCCCGGUUCGGAUGGAACCGUGUUCAGUUGUCUGAAGGUGAAAAGCGGUCAUGGCAGCAUGUUGCUGAAUUCCCGUUUGAUUCGGAUGUAAAAAAGAUGUCGGUCAUAUUUAGGAACUGCGAGUCACAAGAGGCACAUGUUUUCACAAAGGGAGCUGUUGAGCGAGUUCUAGAAACCUGCGAUCGCAUUUCGUUCAACGACAAAACUGAACCGCUCACUGAACACAUCAAGUCCGACAUCCUGGACAACAUGGUCGCACUGGCUGGCCAAGGUCUUCGAGUUCUUGCACUUGCUCAUAAACGCAAUGAGCGCGACGUCUCCGAAGCUGAAUUCGCACACGGAAGCUCUCCAGACCGUGGCGAGUUCGAACAAAAUCUCAUCUUCCGCGGUCUUAUCGGCAUCUACGAUCCUCCUCGACCCGAGUCACUGCCCAGCGUCAAGGCAUGUCAAGGAGCUGGCAUCAUGGUGCAUAUGCUCACUGGUGACCACCCACAGACGGCUCGGGCCAUCGCCACGGAAGUUAAUAUUCUCCCGUCCGAAGACAAGAUUCGCAUGUUGCCAGCCGACGUUUCUCGCUCUCUCAUGAUGACGGCUCAAGAAUUUGAUGCCCUGUCAGACAGCCAGAUCGACAGUCUGCAGCAGCUGCCACUUGUUGUUGCCCGAUGUGCCCCCAGCACCAAGGUUCGCAUGAUUGAAGCUCUCCACAGAAGAAAUCGCUACGUUGCCAUGACUGGUGAUGGUGUCAACGACAGUCCUAGUUUAAAGCGUGCAGAUAUUGGCAUUGCCAUGGGUACGGGAUCAGACGUGGCUAAAGAGAGCGCCGAUAUCGUUCUAACGGAUGACAAUUUUGCGUCUAUUCUGAAUGCAAUUGAAGAAGGAAGACGCAUCUUUGACAACAUCCAGAAAUUCAUUUUGCACGUGUUGGCGGCGAAUAUUGGCUUUGUGGUUGCGUUACUGACUGGUCUGGCAUUCAAAGACAAUUCGAAGGUAUCUGUGUUUUUAUUGACGCCAGUUGAGAUUCUAUGGAUGCUCAUGGCUACGGGAGCGUUUUGUGAAACUGGAUUGGGAUUCGAGCGUGCGGUUCCAGAUAUUCUGAAUCGCGCUCCUCAAAAUCUCAAAUAUGGCGUCUUCACUCCAGAGUUUCUGCUCGACAUGGUCAUCUAUGGCGCUCUCAUGGCCUGCUGCACGAUCGGGUCCUUUACCAUCGUAAUCUAUGGUUUCAACGACGGCAACCUCGGCGCUGACUGCAACAAUUCGUACUCGUCGUCUUGCGAAGCCGUUUUCCGAGCCCGCGCGACAAGCUACACUACCAUGACCUGGAUCUUCCUCAUUUUCGCCUGGGAACUCAUUGACUUCCGCCGGUCACUCUUCGACAUGCCCAAUGGAUUCAAGGCGUGGCUCGCACACUUCUGGAGCAACAAGUUUCUAUUCUUCUCGGUUACGGUUGUCUUUAUCGCCGUCUUCCCCACGCUGUAUAUCCCCGUCAUCAACGACGUGGUGUUUAUGCACAAGGGAAUCUCCUGGGAGUGGGCGGUGGUGUUCAUCGCCGUGGGAAUAUACAUGGGCGGCAAUGAGGGUUGGAAGUGGGUUAAGCGGGUGUAUUAUAGGAGACAGAAGACGGAGACGUCGCACUGGACUGGGGAGGUUUGA